CAAUGGCUGCGGAAGCUAUUAUUUCAAGUUGCCGUAUUUGCAGUGGUACGCCAUCAAUUUCUCUGUUUGAAGUGGAUACAGGAAAUGCAAAAUGUUUAGCCGAACUAAUUGAAGAUUUUGCAAACGUGACGAUUGAACAAAAUGAUGGAAACCCUUCACAUAUUUGUAGCGAAUGCGCAAAUAAUCUCAAAAAAAGUAUUUCAUUCCGCCACCAAAUUCAAGACGCAGAAAGAAUCUUUAAAAAUUACGGACAAAAUCAGUUGUGUUUAUCGCCUGUAUCAUACGAUGUAAAAAUUGAACUAUCCGCAGUAGAUGAUGAUGAAUUUGAAUAUGAGUAUUUGGAGGAAGAUACCACAAGUGAAACUAACAAGAAACUGUCGAACUGUUAUCUUGGAAGUUCCAGCGUUCCAUCACUGCCUGAAGAUAAAUUGCAUCAAGAUACCGGUUUUGAAAGCGAAACAGUAUUGCGAGUAGCAGACUCUUGUGCAGAUCAGAAGUUGCACCACAUUCCGUUUAAGAUUCCUCCGGACGAUAAAAUCGCGCAAAGGAUGAUAUUUGACGAUUUCGAGUAUUUUGAAAUCGACGGAGAGCAAUGCUGUGGCUGCAAUUUUAUCGCUAGUAGUAGAGACGAACUGGUGCAUCAUUCGAAAGAGUCACAUGCACACAAUUACUAUCCAGAUAGUAGCUAUACUUGCCCCAUUUGCUAUUGUAAAUACAAAACACAGGAAAUUCUAGCACAACACAUUGAAUACUAUUCGUACAGAGACAUUUUUCUUUGUACGGUUUGUAAUGAACCGUUUGUUCAAAAAAGUCAAUUGGAAAUGCACCAAAAGGAUAGCCCUAAACACCGGAAAAUGCUAGAAGAUUCCAAAGGAAAAAUAACGACAUCGAAUGUUAAUACCAAGAAAAAUGAUAGGAAUGGUAUCCGUAAAAAGCAUGUAGUUUUGGAGGAAAACUCAGACGAAAUAAAUUUUUUUUGUUGUUUCGUACGAUGCUGGGAAAAGUUCGAAAAUCAUGAAGAAUUAUUAGAGCACGUUGAACAAGUUCAUAAUGGAAAACGCAGAGAAAAUGAGCUUAUACAUGCACAAUCACCUGAAGGCAUGCAACACGUUUGCUCGGUUUGUAAACGAUUAUUUGAAAAUGAAUUAAAACUAGUGCAUCAUCAGUCAUAUAAGCAGAAACGUGUAACCCACUCUUGUCAAGAAUGUGGUCAAAUUUUUUUUAAAUUGCAUGCUCUGCGGGAUCAUGAAAUAAAACAGCACAGCCAGCAGCCACCACAACAUAAAUGCGACAUUUGUGGAAAGGCGUUCCGUAAAAUGUCAGUCCUGAAGCAUCAUCGGAAAAUCCAUGUUCCGUUUGAAAGUGUACCGUGCGUUGAGGCCGGAUGCCAAUUUGUUUUCCGGGAUGAAGCUUUAAUGAAACGCCACUGUCGUAACGUGCAUGGGGACAACUUUCCCUGGGAAUGUCGAUUUUGUCCAAAAAAACUUCGCACUAAAGAGGCAAUGGAUAUUCACGUACGUGUGCAUACGGGGGAAAAGCCUUUUCCUUGCAGGCAAGGAUGCGACAGACAAUUUGCGCACGCUACGGAUCGGGCUAGACACGAGCGAUCAAGACAUACUGGUGAAAAACCGCACAAAUGCGAACAAUGUCCGGCAGCAUAUGUUCGCCGGCGUGAGUUGGUGGUUCACAUUAAAAAGAAUCAUGACGGUGAAUAA